AGCACUCCAUUUUUCGGGGUUGACGUAUGGAUUCACUUUCCAGAAGGGAAGGAGGAGAAUGCUUGUGCGGUAAACAAGAGACUUUGCAGACUCAUGCACUCGAAUAAACUAGAUUAUCCGCCAUCACCAUCACCUCAAUCAACAUUACCAUCAUCAUGUCCCCAGCAUCCCUCUUUACCACAGCAUCCCUCUAACUAUCCCUCCCGCCCACCGCCGCCCGAGACUCACGUCGACGUCGAGCGUGGGCGGGUCGAAGAUCUGGACGGGGUCGGCGGACGUGGCCGUGUAGCGGUAGAAUUCGUGGGCGUCCUGGUACCACUUGAUGGAGUACAUCUGGUCGCUCUCCGUCUCCCACCUGCACUCGAGGUCGCCCUCCCCGCCCACGAGCAGCACCUUCGGGACCUUGACGCCGACGAUGCGGAUGCCGUCGCCACCUGCGGGAGAGAAGGGGCGGUGAGGCGGACGGCGCUUCUUGCCCUGUCUCCAGGGGAAAACAAACCUACUGCGGACGAAACAUUCCGACGCCGCCCAGGGAGAGCGAAGGAAGGCGGCGAGGGCGCGAGCGGCCUGGCGCCUCGGCGGCGGGGAGGCCGAGCGCGGGAAACGGCUUCGCGGAAGGUGACCUUUGGCAACGCCUCGCCUUCACAUCUCACUCCCCAAAAAAUAAAAGGAGAGGAGGCAGAAGAAAAAGAGGGGGGGGGGAAGAAGAAGCAGAGGAAGAAAAAAGAACAGGGUAAGAAGCCCCAGUCAUCGGGCCGGCGUAACUCCAUCAUUAUUGGAUAUGGAAAAUUCGCGCAGUAAACCAUGAUUUAUCCUGAAGCACCGACCUCGCUCCCGCCCUCUUGAUAUGCUAAAUACACGCUAUCAAUACUCUCUCUCCUCUCCCUCUCUCCGUCCCUCUCUCUCUUGCUAUCUCUCUGUCUGUCAGUCUCUCUCUCUUCGUCAGCCUUCCCUCAUCCCCUC